AUGGAGCCCAAUAAUGUGAAGGAAGCUCUUGAAGAUCCAUCAUGGGUCAAGGCCAUGCAAGAGGAACUCGCUCAAUUCGACAAAAAUGAGGUUUGGACAUUAGUACCUCAUCCGGAUGAUGUGAAAACAUUUUAUUACAAUCAAACUUUAGAUCAUUUCAACUAUAAUCCUCAAAGCUACCAAAUAUUUCAGCAAAGAUAUCUCAUCAAUUUCAAAUAUUGGGGUGGGGCUAAUUCUAAUGCUCCAAUAUUUGCCUUGUUAGGUGCUGAAGAACCAAUUGAUAGUUCUCCCCCAGUCAUUGGAUUUUUAACAGAUAAUGCUGCUUCCUUUAGUGCUUUAAUAUUAUACAUAGAGCAUCGAUAUUAUGGAAAAUCUGUGCCAUUUGGUUCUAGAAAAGAAGCAAUGAAAAAUGCAAGUACUAUUGGAUAUUUCAAUUCAGCUCAAGCACUAGCAGAUUAUGCACAAGUCAUCAUACAUGUAAAAAAGACACUACACGCCAAAAAUUCACCCGUCAUCGUAAUUGGAGGAUCAUACGGUGGAAUGCUUGCCACAUGGUUUAGGCUCAAAUAUCCACACUUAGCCAUUGGUGCCUUGGCUUCAUCGGCUCCAAUUCUCUAUUUUGAUCAUAUUACACCACAGGAUGCCUACCACUCAAUUGUGUCAAGGAAUUUUCAAGAAGCUAGUAAGACAUGCUAUGAAACUAUAAGAAAGUCUUGGGCUGAAAUUAAAAGAGUAGCUUCUCAAUCAAAUGGUCUUUCCAUUCUUAGUCAGAAAUUCAACACUUGCGAACCAUUAAAGCAAAUUGGUGGCUUAGUAUACUAUUUGGAACUAAUGUAUAUAUCUGCGGCACAAUACGAUCGUCCACCAAAUUAUCCAGUUAAUGUGAUUUGUGGCGGUAUUGAUGGAGCGUCUUCUAAAAGUUCAGAUAUUCUCAGCAAGAUAUAUGCAGGUGUUGUGGCUUUGACGAAAAACAACACAUGCAAAGUUUAUGGCCCAUUUCAUGGAUCUGAGACCAGUGAUGGUUGGAGGUGGCAGACAUGUAGUGAAAUGGUGAUACCCAUCAGCAUAGGAAACAAUUCCUUAUUAGAACCUUCCCCUUUUAAUUAUGAGAGCUUUGCGAGGGAUUGCAAGAAAAAAUUUGGUGUUGCCCCUCGACCCCAUUGGGUCACUACUUAUUAUGGAGGCCAUGAUAUCAAGUUAGUUCUUAAAAAUUUUGGCAGCAACAUCAUUUUCUCAAAUGGGUUAAGAGACCCUUAUAGUAGUGGCGGGGUUCUUAACAACAUAUCAGAUAGUCUUAUUGCUGUCCACACAGUUAAUGGAUCUCAUUGCUUGGAUAUGUUGGGUGCAAAAAAAACUGAUCCAAACUGGUUGGUGGAACAACGGAAGACAGAGAUUAAGAUUAUGAAAGGGUGGAUCACUCAAUACUAUGCUGAUCUUAAAUAA